AUGAAGAAAUUUGGAACCGUUAGAUAUCCUGGAGGAACAGAUCCCUUCGAAGCGUCAACAUGGCUGAGGAAUUUGGAGAAACACUUUCGGGCUAUCCACUGCCCUGAUAAUUUCAAGAAGGAUGUGGCAACAUACUACUUGACCAAAGAUGCUUCUGAUUGGUGGGAUAACGUGGAAGAAUACUAUAUGGGAAGAGAGAUCGACUGGGAAUAUUUUAAAACGAAAUUUGAACGGAAAUACUUCCCACCUGAAGCAAAAGACCGGCUGGAGAUUCAAUUCUUGGAGUUAACUCAAGGCAACCGAAAAGUGAGGGAGUAUGAGGCAGAGUUUACAAAGCUAAGGAAAUAUUCUCAUUAUGGAGAAAGGAAUGAAGAGAUAGCAGUAAAUGUUGAAAAAGGUAUGGAAAAGGAUCAAGCCAUGAUGAAGCAUGCAGAGCCAUCUCGCAGAACUGAAGGGCUAGGAGGAAGAAAAGCCCCUGAUUAUAUUACUUGCUUCUCGUGUGGUGAGAAAGGGCAUUAUGCCAACAGUUGUCCCCAUAAUAGACAAGUUACGCUUCCAACACCACCCACUAGACUAGCGAUUGAACCAGCCCCGAAGCGCCAGGAAGUUGGAAAGCAAGUGAAUGCUUUAGAGUUAGGAAAACCCGAACCACAACAGCCCCAUCAGGGACCGAUCACAGGAACAUUGUGUGUUGGUGGAGUUUAUGUGCAUGUUCUCUUCGACUCGGGUGCCACACAUAGCUUUGUGAUACCCGAGGUAGUGUCGAGUUUUAAGGGAACCUUUACUAGAGUAAAGGUAGGUGUUUCAGUUAGAACCCCUGGGAACCAUAACCUUCGUGCCGAUAGUUGUGUACUUAGGAUUCCAAUCUAUUUGGAAUCAAUGGUAUAUCCAGCAGACCUGCUAGUUGUUCCUUUAGGACAACACGAAGUGAUUUUGGGCAUGGACUGGCUGUCGAGAUACUACACACAGUUGGAUUGUGGCCGAGGAAGAAUUACACUUGAAGAAAGCGGACAACCAUUAACGACAUAUUAUGGAAUAUGUCCAAGUGCUGGAGUGUCACUUGUAUCUGCCUUAAGAGUUGAGAAAUAUUUGAUCGAGGGCGAGGGACAAAGUUGGAAGAGAUAG